AUGACUGAAUUCAGCUUCCCACAGAAGUCUAGGCGAUCGUCGCAGCAGGAAGUGGCUAAGGAUCAACAAGCCCAAGAAGGCAACGAAGCCCAGGAUUUAGCAUCAGAAGGCUCCCAUAAACACACUGACAAAGCCCAGCGACCAGCAUAUUCGCCCUCUUCAUCUGGAGAGUUCGUCUACAGCAGACGGCCUACAAAUCCUAGAGAUGAGGUGUAUUCGAGCCAGCAGCCUCAAUCCAAUACCGCUCCACAGAGAUUGGAGCAGCAUGUAGCCACCGAUGAUCCAAAUCUCCCCUUACCAGACGAAAGGACACCAUCUUCCGCUGAUGACAGAUCAGUCGAUUCCAUCUCCACCACCAACGCUGAUUCUGGUGAAGAUGGCCCAACUUUGGAUGAGGAAACCCAGCGCGAAAACGAUGCUGUCAGUAGCGGUUUGAGUAUGUCAGGUGAAGAUGCCAAAAGAGGCAAAGAAAAGGAUGAGGCAGUCCAAGAUGCUAGUCAGUCCAAUGAAUUUUUUAAAUAUCGCACCAGUACCGCCGCUGAAGCUAUGGAAUCACACAUACAAUAUAAUCGUCAGAAGGAUAAGGAAGAUUCCGCUGAUGAUCAGUAUAGCACAGUAGAUAUUUUUAGUAAACCAUCAAGAGAAGAGACAACCAAUAAUACAUCAUCUGACACCGCUUUACCGAAAUUCCCAGCAUUCUCACUCAAGGAAGCCCAAGACGGAUUCUAUAUCCAAGUCGGUGAUAAUCAGAUCCACACAUGUGAAGAUGAACCCAUUGCAACACCUGGUGCCAUACAAAGCUUUGGAUGCUUGCUUGUGGUUGAAUUGUAUGAUGAUGAGUUGCGCGUCAUGCAAGCGUCAGAGAACGUCAAUGUACAUCUUGGUACUUCAGUGCGCAAUCUCUUCAAGCUUAACUGUUUGACCGAUAUUCUCAGUGCCGAAAGCGCGUCUAAGCUGCAUGAUGUUAUUAUCGAGCUAAUCGAAUUGGACGGAGACAAGAGAGAUAGAGAAGCGAUACACACGUUCUCCUUGUCAGGUGUAGGGAAGGAAGGCAUCGAGGGUAGCCGAGAAUGGUGGUGUUGGUGUGCAGCGCAGAAAGCUACCACUACCGCAGCUGUUAACGAUAUGGAAAAUGAACUAGGUGAAGAACCCGUUCAUCAUAACAGUCAAGAUCAAGGUGGUCGUCGAAUUAUUCUCGAAUUUGAACCGAUUUAUGAUCCAGCCGCUAAGGCAAAAAUGAGUAACGCUGAGAUACCUAGAAUUUUUGACAAGGAUAUCCACCCGUUAUAUCCCAUUAACUUGUUCAAGCAAAGCAGCAAUUCUGCUGAAGACACUAUCAGGAAUAACGGCUCUGUUGAUCAUACGAUUCAGUCAAACACGAACAGCACAAAUGACACUGUUAAACCUAAUAACAUGCAGGAAGUCACUGACGUCAAAACAAAUAACGCAGAUGAGCAAAAUCCAGACUACUACGACGAGCCUUAUUGGAGUUUGGGACAGGACAGCUAUGCUACUCUGCUUGAAAUUCGCCGGUCUACUAUCAGUAAAUCUAAGCCACUCAGGAUACUGCAAAGAUCACAAAGGACUAACAAGUUGUUCUUGGAGAAGCUUGAAAAGGAGAGAAGGCAAUUGGAAACGCUAGACGACUCUAAACGUGCCAUACGAGAAGAGGAGAUGGAUCGCGAACAUUUGAGCGCAAAAAUAAGAAGACACAUCAACAAUCCAGAUGGAAUUAGCUCACUAGAUGUUUUGAGUCUUUGUCAAGAGAUUGAUUCCCAACUUGCUGAAGCAGCAGAGAAGUCGAUUGAAGACCUCUACGAUGUCAUCGUAGGUCUUACAAAGGAUAUUACCAAUUUUGACAGAGUGCUGUUGUAUAAGUUUGACAGCGAAGCCAAUGGAAAGGUUGAGAGUGAACUCAUGAACUGGCAGCGCUGCAAUGAAAUUUUUCAUGGGCUACAUUUCCCUGCCUCUGAUAUUCCCGCUCAAGCUAGAGAGCUUUAUAAACACAGCAAAGUUAGGCAACUUUUUGAUCGAGAUGCAAAGAUUAGUCAGGUGGUUGUCAGAAACAAAAAUGACUUGAAAUAUCCACUAAAUAUGAGCGGCUGUGCUCUUAGAGCUAUGUCGCCAAUACAUAUUCGCUAUUUAAAAAAUAUGAAUGUCAGGUCAUCCCUGUCAAUCAGUGUUGUCACGCAGCGUCCUAAUAGUAGCAAUCUCUUUGGUUUGGUAUCGUGUCACUCUUUCGAGAAGGAGAUGAGAGUUUCAUUCCCUCAAAUGCAACUACUGAAGAUGUUUUCUGAUAUGAUAUCUAGAAAUAUGGAUAAUGCAAUAUAUAGAAAACGUCUCAUGGGACGAAGCAUUCUGAUGAAUCCAAAUGACACAAUGAGUGGAAGUAUCUCGUCAAAUAAAGACAUUGAUCUACUUCGCCUCUUCGAUAGUGAGAAUUUAAUUAUCUGCUACAAUGGCAAGAUGAAAAUCAUUGGUAAUGAUGAGUAUUACGAUGACAUUAAGCAAAUUGGAAAGUACCUCAAGCAGAAGAAGUGGAAAGAUAUUCGAUACACAACAAGACUGAAGCGGGAAUAUCCUAAUAUAGAGAUAAACAACGAACAGAACUUAUCGGGAUUGCUAUAUGUCCCACUCAAUGACAAUUCUAAGGAAGCGCCUGGUGAUCACUUCAUUGCGUUCAUACGCAGUGGUCAAUUGGAAAAUAUUUCAUGGGCUGGUAAUCCGAGUGAAAAGACUGUGGGUAGUACACCCCUUCAACCCAGAGCUAGCUUCAAAAAGUGGACAGAAUCUGUCACCAGUACUGCAAGAGAAUGGCGGCCGGAAGAGCUUGAAAGUGCAUCUGUCCUCUCAGCCGUCUACUCAAAGGUGCUUGGACGUAAUCGUCAGAGUACAAGAUCUAAGCUGUCUGAUCUGUUAAUGACCAAUGUAGACAAAGACUUUGAGCAUGAGCUGCGUACACCUCUGCAUCAUUUUUGCAGCUAUUUGGAUAUGGCGUUGGAGAAGAAGGAGGGUGUGUUUGAUAAAGAAACGCGCAAGAAUCUCAAAAAGACUAAAUCUAGUGCUCAGAGCAUGCUCUAUGCAGUCAAUGAUCUCAUAUCGCUCACCACUCAAUCGGAAGAGAAUGCGCCAGUCAAGAGCGCUAUGAAUAUCGUUAGCAAUGUCCUCGAUUGUGUUGAGAUGUUCAAACAGGAAAUGAUCAGCCGGAAUAUAUCGAUCGAAAUAGAAACAAGUCAAAUAGAAAAUCCAUUCAUAGUUUCUGAUAAUAGAAAGAUCCGUCUAAUAGUCAAAAAUCUUCUCGAAAAUGCCAUCAAAUAUAAUCACGAAAAAGGCAAAGUGUAUAUCAAGUUGACGUCCAUAUCUGAGCAUGAGACUGAUCAAAACAACACCUCAGCUAUAAUGCUUACAGUUCAUGACACUGGUACCGGUAUUUCGCAAAGACGCUUAAAGGAGAUGUUUCAUGGAUUUGAAAAGCUUGAGAAUACUAGUGGGACAGGUAGUGAGCAAACUGAGUCAGUAUCGACACAUGACAGCUCCGAGGGCAACUCUUUUGGAAGGGGCUUGGUGCAGGUCGCCAAAGCUGUUUCUCUGUUACAAGCGAAGAUGACUUGUUCAUCUCGGAGAGGUGAAUAUACGAAAUGGCACGUCACUAUCCCGCUCAGCUUGGCGAGCCAGAGCGAUAUUGAGGAUCUCACCAACUCUAACACACAGUCUUUGAGCGACGCAUCAAGCAAACCGUCUGCACAACGUAAGAGUUUAAAAGCCAGGCAUAAGCCGUCGAUGUCUCAGAUAAAUCAGACCAAUGACUCAGAGAGUGCCAUGAGUGAGUCGAAAGCGGAAGGAGCCAAAGUGAUAGAUUAUGCACCAGAACCGAGCGAGCAUGGUGAGCCUCAAGACUUAGCGAAGGAAAUAAAGGACAACCUCACUAUUAAGGAGGGCCCCACCCAAACUCGUCUACUGGCUUGCGACGAUGAUCCUAUCAAUAAUAGAAUAAUAGCAAGAAGACUAAAAGAAAUGAACGUCGUACUUACUGAUAACGGCCAAGAAGCGCUCGACCAGCUGAGUGGAGAGAAUACCGGAUUUGACGUGAUGCUGUUGGACUUAAUGAUGCCAGUUUGUGACGGCAAAGAAUGUGUGGGCAAAAUUCGCAGCAUGGAGAAGGAAGGCAGGUCUUUCAGGACUAAGAGCCAGAAUGGGCCAUUACCGGUUUUUGCCUUCUCUGCCUCAAUCACUCAAAAUGACCUGCCGACUUUGAAAGAACAGGGUUUCAAUGGAUUUUUCCUCAAGCCACUGCAUUUUGCAACGCUUAUCGAGAUUGUCAACGCGCUUAGUAAAGAGGAAGACGUAUCUAAAUUCCAGUAUAAAGAAGGAAAGAGAUUCGAACGUGGUGGUCUCAUUGGUUAG